AUGCAUUCUGGAAGGAUUUCUCCGAUUAGAGCAUGGUCACCAACUCAUUCAACAGUCGAUUGGUCUCGGCCUCCGCCGUCUAACGUGCCUUAUGCUCCUUCUGAUAUCAACGGCAGUCCUCGACCCGGGACACCUUCGUCGCAGUACGGCGGGAGCCCCAGACGCCCUCUCCCUCCAGCCCCUCUCUUUUCCAUACCGCCAGGCACGAGAAGUGUCUCAAAGGAUCUUGCAGAUGACGCUGCCAUCGAAAUUGGAUCUGAGGAUGAGGACGAUGUAUUCGCUCCUACGAGUACUGACCAUCACUACGGACUGCAGUCUAGCCUUUCGUACCGCUCUGGGUCGAUGACCUCUGACGAGUACGACGAGAAACCCGGAUUUGGUCAUUAUGCUGAAGUGCCAAUUGGCCGGCAGGAACGCCGUGGCGCGCGUCAAGCACAAGUGACUAAAAAGGAAGUCAAGCUCAUCAAUGGUGAACUAAUCUUGGAGUGUAAGAUUCCUACAAUCCUUUACAGUUUCUUGCCUCGUCGCGACGAUAUUGAGUUUACUCAUAUGCGAUACACGGCUGUAACAUGCGAUCCGGAUGAUUUCGUCGCGAGAGGCUAUAAACUGCGUCAGCAAAUCGGCGCCACUGCUCGAGAUACUGAGUUGUUUGUGUGUGUUACCAUGUACAAUGAGGACGAGAUUGACUUUACACGUACAAUGCACGGCGUUAUGCGGAACAUUGCUCAUUUUUGCUCCCGAGCAAAGUCCAGAACUUGGGGCAAGGAUGGAUGGAAGAAGAUUGUGGUUUGCAUCGUCUCAGACGGGCGAAAGAAGGUGCAUCCGCGAACCUUGGACGCCUUGGCCGCCAUGGGUGUCUACCAAGAUGGCAUUGCAAAGAACUUGGUCAACCAAAAGGAAGUCACCGCGCAUGUCUAUGAAUAUACUACGCAGGUCUCUCUUGAUGCUGACCUCAAGUUUAAAGGAGCGGAAAAGGGCAUUGUUCCAUGUCAGAUGAUUUUCUGUCUCAAGGAAAAGAAUGCAAAGAAGCUCAAUUCGCAUCGGUGGUUUUUCAAUGCCUUUGGAAAAGCGCUCAAUCCCAAUGUUUGUAUUCUGCUUGACGUCGGUACGAAGCCUGGAAGCACCUCGCUUUAUCACUUGUGGAAGGCGUUCGACAAUGACUCCAACGUUGGCGGUGCCUGCGGUGAGAUCAAGGCAGGCAAAGGCAAGGCAUGGCUGGGACUUCUUAAUCCCCUGGUUGCUUCCCAGAAUUUUGAGUACAAGAUGUCGAAUAUUCUGGAUAAGCCGCUAGAGUCCGCGUUUGGAUAUAUUACUGUGUUGCCAGGUGCACUGAGUGCUUACCGGUACCAUGCGCUUCAGAACGACUCUACUGGGCACGGUCCUUUGAGCCAGUAUUUCAAGGGCGAGACCCUUCAUGGUCAAGAUGCGGACGUUUUCACUGCCAACAUGUACCUUGCUGAGGAUCGUAUUCUUUGCUGGGAACUGGUGGCGAAAAGAGACGAACGAUGGGUGUUGAAGUAUGUCAAGAGCUCCACAGGAGAGACUGACGUGCCAGAUGCGGUACCUGAAUUCAUUUCACAGCGGCGAAGAUGGCUCAACGGUGCCUUCUUUGCAGCAGUGUACUCCUUGAUCCAUUUUAGACAGAUUUGGAAGACGGACCAUACGAUUGCCCGGAAAAUAUUGUUGCAUGUUGAAUUCGUUUACCAAUUCAUCAGCUUGAUGUUUACGUUCUUCUCUUUGGCCAACUUCUAUCUUACGUUUUUCUUCGUUGCUGGUGCUCUCUCCGAUCAUAAAAUUGAUCCCUUUGGCCAUCACAUCGGCUUGUACAUUUUCACGGUUCUUCGAUUUUCCUGCAUUCUAUUGAUAUGCGUACAAUUUAUAUUGUCCAUGGGCAAUCGUCCACAGGGUGCCAAGAAAAUGUUCAUGACGUCCAUGAUAGUCUACUCUGUCAUCAUGGCCUACACGCUCUUCGCCACGCUGUACAUUGUCGUCACCCAGCUCAAGGGCACCAAACACCUUGUUCUAGGCAACAACCUGUUCACCAACCUAAUCAUAUCCGCCAUGUCCACCAUCGGACUCUACUUUCUCAUGUCCUUUUUGUACCUCGACCCAUGGCACAUGUUCACCUCUUCUGCGCAAUACUUUGCCCUCCUCCCCUCCUACAUCUGCACUCUUCAGGUCUACGCCUUCUGCAACACUCACGACGUCUCGUGGGGAACCAAGGGCGACAACGUCAUCCACACCGAUCUCGGCGCCGCCAUUUCAGGAAAAGGAAACAUGGUCGAGCUCGAGAUGCCGUCUGAACAACUCGACAUCGACUCCGGCUACGACGAAGCCCUUCGCAAUCUCCGCGACAGACUCGAAGUCGCCAAGCCCACCGUCUCCGAGUCCCAGCAGCAGGAAGACUACUACCGCGCCGUCAGAACCUACGUCGUCGUCUUCUGGAUGGUCUCCAAUGCCAUCCUCGCCAUGGCCGUCUCAGAAGCAUACGGCUCCAAUCAUCUCGGCUCAAAUAACUACAUGAAGUUUCUCUUGUGGGCCGUCGCCGGCCUUGCCGGCUUCAGAGCUAUCGGCUCCUCCGCCUACGGCACGAUCAAUAUCAUCCAUGCCGUCGCCAAAGGUAAAGUCAAGUUUGACUUGGACCGCUUUAAGUUCUUUACUCUCCGGCCAAAGUUUGGUCGCAGCCAUUUCAAGGCUCCAGACUGGAUGUCCAAUAUGAGCUCGAAAGUCAGCAGUGGCGUCAGCAGCGUCGGAGUCAAAAUGAGGAGAAAGUAG